CUUAAAAAAACAUGUCUUACCCGUUGCUUUGUAGGCAAAUUCUCUCAUGUUUAUAGCCUUCAUUCUCGCUUUUUUGAUCGGGGUAUUUUCUGUUUUGCUUUUGGAAGCCAUUUUGCUUUACAAAUGGUGGAGUUCUACGGGAGUGGAUGCUCCAAAACUUUACCCACAGCGCACGAAAGUCACCAAUCCAGAGCUUAUAGCAGAUUACUACAAGAAAGAUCAAGCCACUGAACCUGAAUCAUGUGUCUGUAUGAACCUUCUAUUUGCCUUUCUGUGGAGAGAAUGGCGGGAUACUCCACAGAUGAAAAGAUACUUUUUAAAGAAGAUGAACUCAGAGUUCACCGAACUUAUUCAAGGAAAAGCAGCAAGCAAACUGAUUGAGCAAAUCACAAUCGAAGAACUUUCACUUGGGACAUCAUUGCCUGUUAUUACAGGUGCAACCAUUAUGAAGAUAGAAACAAAAGAUCCAAAGGAAGUUGCCAAAGAAUUAGACAUAGCCCUUGAUCUUGAAUAUACGGGAGGGUGCCACAUGGCCAUACAGGUUGAUCUUGUUUUCAACAAGUCUGUGUAUGUUGCUGUCAAGUUGGUCUCUCUGAAAGGUCGAGCUAGAUUACAGCUGAGCAGACAUCCCCUGUCACACUGGUCUUUUGCCUUCUAUGAGGAACCAGAAGUUGAAUUUGAAGCUGAGUCCCAGUUUGAAGGCAAAAACUUCCCUCAACUAACAUCUCUCAUAAUAAGCCAUCUUCGCAAGUCUUUACAAAAGAAGCACACCCUUCCCAGCUACAAAAUCCGAUACAGCCCCUUUUUCCCACAGGUGAUUCCUCAGGACGAAACCCAAGAGGUGUAUGUUCAUAACAGCAGUGUCACUGUGGGUAGCUUAGAGGUCACAGUGGUGGGGUGCACCCGUCUACCUGAGCUAGAGAAUGGAGUAUCUCAGUACUGUAGUUUGUCUGUGGACCAGCUUCCCUGGAGUCAACUUGUUGAGAACAAAAGAGCAAUGUGGCCAACAUUUGAGAUUGAGAUAAGUCGUGAAAACAAUGACAUAUCCUUCGGGCUGACCUUGAAUAAAGAGAUCAGUGAAGAUGAGUUGGGAAAAACCAUCGUGAUAAACACAAUUGUAACUGACUCUCCUGCAUACAAUGCAGGAGUUAUGGCCAAAGAUAUACUGGUGGCUGUUGAUGGGAAAAAGAUAGAAUCGCUCAAGCAAGCUGCCAAGAUGAUAAAGAAUAAAAGCAGAUUCACUGCUACGGUUCAAAGACAGCCUACAAGAAUUUCGCAACGAGUCGAUCGCGAAAAUCCAGAGGACAAACAAGAUGGUAAAACUGUAGUGAACUUUAAUAAUGUCGCACUUUACAAUGACAGCGACUCCGAGGAUGAAUUUGUCAACAUCGUGGUGCCACUGUUUGAAGGUGAAGACAACGAAAUCGCCAGGUCUGCGAUGAAGGAAAUGCUGUCACGAACCACUGAACCGAGGCCGAGGGCGGAGAAAAAAAUGAAAGGAAGAGAUCAGAAAUUAUCGGCGCAACUGACAAGGGGCUCAAAGCAGGGAUCGCCAGCAUCCACGCAGCGGACGUACACGAGCCAGACAACUCUUGAAGUGAACGAUAAGAAGGUGUCCUUCGACAAGACUCCUCAACCAAAUGGCACCGACACUGCUUCGCCAAAACGCCCAAGAAAGGUGUCCCUGACGGUCAUGGACGGACUAGACACCAGGAAAACCACGCUGGUGUCAGCAAGCGCGGAUCCAGUGUGGAAUGAAACUUUCAAGUUUGAUAUUCCAACCAGUAACCUUCAGUACCUUAACGUGUGCAUAUGGAGUAAAUCACAAGAGAAAAACGAGAAAGACAUCAUACUUGGCCAUGUAACCAUUCCCUUGAUGGACAUUGCACUGCGAUGCUUGUCCUUCACGUCAAAAAGACACGAAGAGUGUUUCGUCUUGGUUUCCCCGCACUCCGACAGGAUUAUAUCAAAUCAGCCAUAUCUUCGCAAUCAUCCCGGUCUUAAAGAGAGUCUGUGCUGUGGAGACAUCACAUUGAUUUUCCAUCACAGUCCAUCUCUUACGGAUUGUGAUGAGUCAAUCCUUGACAAAGUGGAAUCACUGAACGAGUCUGCACCCAAGGAUGAAAGUCCUGAAAAAGACACCCUUGAAAGUUUGGAGCCUCCUACACAUCAGUUUAUCUUAACCCAGUUUUAUUUUCCAACAAGAUGUAGUUAUUGCAACAAAAAGGUAUGGACCAAAGUUGCGUUCCAGUGUAGAACUUGUGCUAUGAUCUGCCACAAGAAGUGUCUGAGGAAUUGUAUGGGUUAUACACACUGUGUAAACACAAAACAAACCACGUCCGGGUGGUUUUGUAGACAGCAAUCGAAGUCAGCGCCGGACAAAAAGAAUGGAAAACAAGAAGAGAGUAAAGACAAUAUGGCAGAGUCAUCGGCACCCGAUGUAGAAGAGGCUUCCAGUGAAUCGGAUUAUGAACCGUUUGCUACCACAAGUGAGAGAUCAUCGGACGAAGAUGAAACAGAGUCAGAAGCGAGAGAUGAUCUAGUGAAUGGAAAUGUUAAGAAGUCAGGUCGGACUGAAGGUGCAGCUGAAUCAGACGAGGAUGUCUCCGAUAAGAGAAAUGUGAAAGAGGAAGCGACCGCAAUCAUGAGAGCUUCAGAGCGCGUGAGGGAGGCUGGCAGGGAAUUAUUUACUAAUCUUCCUCUGGAGGCUCGCAAAAGCAAAUUAGAAGACAUGAUGAACAGAUUGCAAGUAGAGAUUGAUGAAGAAAAUGAAACGCGUACAGAAUUAUACGCCCAGAGGAGUAAAAUCAAGGAAAGGAAACAGAAAGUUGCUAUAGAGUCGUUAUUGGCCAAAUCAGAAGAAAGAAGUCAAGCAUUAGCCAUGUUAAUGUUACAGUAUUGCGCUGGGUAUCAGAGCUGUGUGGAGGCUGAAGAACUCGACUCUUAUCACUUGUGAAUGAUGACCUCGUUCCAUUAACGUCAACCCACAAACCUCUAAGAAGUGACUGGCAUCUAAUUUCUCUAUACAUUUUUACUACUGAAUCAAACGUUAAGGUUAUGGAAAAAAAAAAAAAGAAAGAAAAAUAACCAUCCACUCGAGAAGCUCUUGACUGUUAGUCAAUUUCUCCUUGUUGGUGGCAUACGACUGAAUUUCUGGAGAACAGUGCGUAGAAAUUGCAGACGAGUUUUAGGGUGUAAAGGGUGAAAGGAGAAGUAUGCUCCAAAAAACUACAUUAACCCGUUGACUCCCAGAAGUGAUUAACAUGUAACUUCUCCCUAUAAUAUCUAUACGCUGUCCAGCGGGAAGGUAAUGGGAAUACUCGAACGCAUCAGGUAGAAGUUUUUAUCUUGAUGCAAAGCCAAAUCCUCGAAACUUAUUUUACGAGGAAAUUUAUAGCAGCUUGAGGGGAGAAUUAUCAGUCAGAUUAUUGGAGUUUUAAAGGUUAAUACCACUUCAGUCGAGAUUUUGUAGAAUUAUCAAUUCUUUUGAAAUUGUCUUCAAUUGUGCUUAGUAACCUGGCCCUUUGUGUGUGACGAGCUAAGGCGGAGUUAGAGUUUUAAUUCGUUCGGCAUUAACGAGAUUCUGCUGUACAGCCAAACUUGUACUGCUAAACUUGUGCGAACAGGUCACCCUUUGCACGUUACAUAACAUGUGAAAUUCCGUCCUCAGUGAUUAACCUUAAAACCGUUAAAACAAGGGUACUUGGUAUUCAGUUUUCCUAUAUGUGGACUGAUUAUUUUUAGAAUUGCUGUAAGUCUUUACUAUUUUAAGCUAAUUGCGCUCAAAAUAGGGAACGUAGUCAUAUCUUCAAAGGUGCAAUCAAUGUUACUUUUGGCGACAUCCUAAAUUUCUGAUUGAAAGGAUACAAAAUAUUCGUUUCGAGUGACCUUUACGUGAAUGACUUGGCUUUAGAAGAAUCUUUACACCACAUCGUUAUUUUGUAGAAUUAUGGUAAUAUAUCAAAGAAUCACGAGUGAGUGACACUAAUCUUGCAGUUGUAUAUCAAAAGAUUACUCAGUCUAUUGAAGAGAUUAUCAUAUAUGGUUGAUUGUAAUUUAUAUUUAAAGAGAUUUUACGUUUUUUUUUUCGUUAGGUACGCAAUUAUUUAUUUCUAUGUCGCUUAACAGCGAAAAAAUCCGUCAUCGUGCAGUCUUUCGCCAAAAAUGUGCUUAACCGUACCGCAGUUCAUUUUGGUAUUUUUUCAAUUUAUGUCGUGGGAAUUUUAAAUUGCCAGAAGUCAGGAAAGAUUUCCUGAUGGAGUUCAAAUUUUUUUAAUCAAAAUAAUAGUUUAAGAGCUUCUAAGAAUUUUUUUGCCAGGCUUUAAUUCAGACGUAUUUGAUGCGAACGAGAGCUUAGUAUUUCUUUGUAAAAUUUAGAUCACUACUUCCAUUUUUUUGUUUGAUCAGUGAAGAAAGUGGAAGAGCGAACGGAGAUUUUACCGAGGGAGCGGGUGAUAAAUAACAGGAAAAAGAGGAGAGGAGAAGGGUCGACUAAGGAUCCACAAAGGAAUUAUGAUAAGCUUUGAUCGUAUUUAGGAAAAGAGUGAUACUAUAAUAAAGAAUUGUAAAUUGUUGAA